GGAAGGGGAAGGUGAAGGUGAAGGCCUGAAAGGGAAUCCAUCCUCGGAGACAUUAAAAGAAGAACCGAAGAAACUCUCUAUUUUGUUUCGCCUUCGAAGUCGGGUUUGACUCUUCUAUCAAAGCUGGGGAUAGGUUUCCCAUCUCUUCUUCAACGCAUUUCGCUUUCUGGAGAACUCGUUCUUGUUUUUUGAACCUUAAUACAAGAUCUAGGGUUUGUUUCAAUUUCUUUAUAAAAUCUGUAAAUACUGUAGUUUUCUUCUUGUUUAGUGUUUCGUCUUGAUUUGCUUUUGGGACCUAAUCCUCUGUUCGUUUUAUGUAUGUUCCUGGGAUUGGGGAAAGAGAAAAGUUGAAGAAAAAAAAACCAAUCGUCGAUUGGUUCUGAUUAUUGGAAAGUAAAUUAGGGUUUCAUUCGACUUCCUUUGGAAUUCUUUAAACUGUCAAAUUUUAUCGGUGAGAAACGUAGAAAAGAGGGGAAAAGUUAGGAUUUUGGUGCUUCGAUCAUGGCGGUACCAACUAUUGCGUUGUAUGCGAGCCCUCCGAGUAGUGUGUGUUCGACUCCGCACCCUUGCCAGAUCAAUUCGCACGCAUAUUCGGACUACGAGUUGAACCCUCGGCCACCGUCUUCAUCACCUUCUUCAGCGCAGAAGCCAAUUGUUGGUGGGCUAUCGUGCCUCUUUUCUUCCCCAUCCGUGAGACACGCAUCGAGCUUCUCUGGGGGCGGAGAUGAGCUAGGAUCUAUAUGGCACGAGAGAGGGGAGGAAUUAAGUAGCUCGUUUAGCUAUUCGCCAUACUCUUCUUUGAGUUCUUCACUCAAAUGUAGAGACCACAGCCCUGUAUCGGUCUUUCAAGGUCCUGUUUCUUGCAGUAGCGGUGGUGUUACUUCUUCUAGAAGCCCGCCGAUGAGGAUUGCCCGUGAACGGAACGGGGAUCUGCACUUACAGGCUUCUUGUAGAACGGGCGGCAAUGGACUCUUUAACGGAUUUGUCCGAAAUGCUUUGGGUUCUUGUCUGGAUUAUGAUUCCCCUAGCUUCCCCAUGCCAGGCAACCUUGAUGCAGAUUCUUCCGUUACCCUGGUGGAUGAAUUUACCUUCAACAUGGAAGAUAAUUUCGCGGAGACAAGGUGCGAACCAUACGCUAAAGAGCUGCUUUUGGGUGCUCAGUUAAGACACAAGAUCUUCUACGAUGAUUUUGUUGUUAAGGCAUUCUAUGAAGCAGAAAAAGCACAUAGGGGUCAGAUGCGGGCAAGUGGCGAUCCAUAUUUGCAGCAUUGCAUUGAAACUGCAGUUUUGCUUGCUAUGGUUGGUGCUAAUUCAACGGUGGUGGCGGCAGGGCUUCUGCAUGACACUGUUGACGAUUCUUUUAUGAAUUAUGAUUAUAUUCGUCGGACAUUUGGGACUGGAGUGUCGGAUUUGGUAGAAGGGGUAUCAAAGCUGAGUCAGUUGAGCAAGCUUGCCCGAGAAAACAAUACUGCAAAUAAAACUGUUGAAGCAGACCGCUUGCAUACUAUGUUUCUUGCAAUGGCAGAUGCUAGGGCUGUACUUAUUAAACUGGCUGACCGUCUGCACAACAUGAUGACACUAGAGGCUUUGCCUUUGGACAAGCAACUGAGGUUUGCAAAGGAGACGUUGGAGAUCUUUGCUCCGUUGGCCAACCGACUUGGUAUCUCAACUUGGAAGGAGCAGCUUGAAAACCUUUGCUUUAAACAUCUCAACCCAGAUCAGCAUGAAGAACUUUCUUCCAAGCUUGUGAAGUCCUUCAAUGAUGAAAUGAUCACUUCAUCCGUUGAGAAAUUGGAGCAAGCUCUGAAAGAUGGAGAGAUUCCUUAUCAUGUCCUCUCUGGGCGACACAAGAGCUUGUACAGCAUUUACCGCAAGAUGUUGAAGAAGAAGUUAACCAUGGAUGAGAUCCAUGAUAUCCAUGGCAUGAGACUGAUCGUUGAGAAUGAAGAAGCUUGUUAUGCAGCACUUAGAAUUGUUCAUCAGAUAUGGCCAGAAGUGCCUGGAAAAUUCAAAGACUACAUAGUCAAUCCAAAAUUCAAUGGUUACCAAUCUCUUCACACGGUGGUAAUGGGUGAAGACAUGGUCCCACUGGAAGUUCAGAUUCGAACAACGGAGAUGCAUUUGCAGGCAGAAUUUGGAUUUGCAGCUCACUGGCGAUACAAGGAAGGGGAUUGUAAAUACUCUUCUUUUGUGCUUCAGAUGGUGGAGUGGGCCAGAUGGGUGGUCACUUGGCAGUGUGAGACAAUGAGCAAGGACCAGACCUCAUCCCAUGGCAAUUCCAACUCCAUUAGGCCCCCAUGUUCAUUUCCUUCUCAUACUGAUGAUUGUCCAUAUUCUUAUGUACCUCGCUGUGGAGAAGAUGGACCUGUUUUUGUCAUCAUGAUGGAGAAUGAUAAGAUGUCUGUUCAAGAGUUUCCGGCAAACUCAACUAUGAUGGAUCUGAUGGAUAGAGCUGGGCGGGGAAACUCAAAAUGGUAUCCAUACUGGUUUUCUGUUAAGGAAGAGUUGAGACCUAGACUGAAUCACGAGCCUGUGAGUGAUCCUACAUGCAAGCUGAAAAUGGGGGAUGUGGUGGAGCUGACUCCAGCCAUACCUGAUAAAUCCUUGACUGUGUACAGGGAAGAGAUCCAGCGGAUGUAUGACCGUGACAGCAACAUAUCUGUCUCAAGCCAAGGGGUUACCAGUAGCUCUGGCUGGAGACCUUGAUCUGUGUCUUCUAUAAAUGUUAUUACUAUUCCAAGUGACAAUUUGUCACCCAAUUGGUUUCAUGUAUAUAAACAAUUCCUUGUACAGAAGUACAUUAUGGUUCUGGAUGUGGAAGCGAUGGCUAACUGGAUUCAUAUUGUGGCUAA